AUCAUUUUUAUAGAAAUAAUAAUAAUAUAUGAUUCAGUGAUUUAUUGAUAAAUUAACUAAAAAUAAUAUAAUUUGUUUCAUCAACAAAAAAACAAACCAAACAUAUACUGUGUAUAUAAAACCCACGGGUUUUUAGAUUCAAGACAUAGUGUUGUUAUCGCUAUUGUUUUUUUUGGAGGACAGUUGUCUUUGUAUAUAUAAUAAUAAUAUAACACAAAAUGGGAACCCGUAUACCAGCGGAUAAAAUAAAUUUACGACUAAUAUUGCCGGCAUUUGGCGAGAGUGGCAAAGCCAAGGAGUUUUUAUUUUCACCAAACGAUUCGGCGGCCGAUAUCGCACAGUACGUGUUUGACCACUGGCCAGAUGAAUGGGCUAACGAAUCGGUGUCGAGGGCCGAGAUAUUGCGGCUGAUAUUUCAGGGCCGGUUUCUCCAUGGAAAUGUCACACUAGCAGCACUUCAAUUGCCAUUAGGAAAGACAAGUGUAAUGCAUUUAGUUCCGCGUGAAAACCUACCGGAGCCCAACUCACAUGAUCAACGACAAAAAAGUAAAGAUCGUAGCAGUGGUUGCUGUAGUACAAGUUGCUCUAUAUUAUAAAUUUAUAAUAAUAACCUGGAUAAUUUUUUUGGACAUAAACCUACCACUACUACUACUACUACUACUACACACUUAAGACAACUAUUACUUCAACGAUAAAACAAAACAAAAAUUAACAUUAAAUUUUAUUCAAAUAUUUAAAUAUAUAUUUCAAAAAAAAUUUCGAUAAAGAAAAACAACAAAAAAAAACGAUGUUAUUAACUGUGAAUUUUUCAACAACAAAAAAUUAUUAUAUAUUUUUCUCUCUUUCGACACAUCCCUGAGCCACCACCACAACAACCCGGUGCUGUUGUUGUUGUUGCUCCUACUGGUCAAACAGUUCCACUUCUAUUGACUGGUGGUGGUGCUGAUGAUGAUCAUCAUCAUAUACAACUACUAUUAUCAUCAAAAACAACAACUACACCAUCAAAACUGUUCCCCAAAACUAUUCACAUCAAUCAAAAAAAAUUGUUAUAUAAUGUCUUAAGGUCUCUGCUUUUUUUGAUCGUCGCUUUUCUCGUCUCAAAAUAUUUUUUAUUUUUUUUUGCUAUUAUUUUCUGUCAUUGACUCUUACCGCCCGACCUCUCAACUCCCUGUCCUCUAUUUCUUUCUAUUACAUCCAACGCUUGAUACGACAAAAAUGUGUUGAUUUAAAUUAAAUUAUAACAAAAAAAAACACAUAUGAUAUAUAAUAAAGAUGAUAAUAAUUUUUUUGGAUUAUUUUAUUUUUUGUUAAUAAUAAUUAUAAUGAUAUUUGGAGUAAA